AACCUCGUCUCGCAUUCACAGUCCACAACUUCACAACCACGAAACAUCAACCAGAUGAUAUUGACUCGCCUCUCGCUGGAGGUUAGCUUUCCUGCUUCCUUCUGCUUCUAUUCACUCGGCAUUAAUUCUGUAGACUCUCCUAAGUCCGUCCCUACCCCUUACUUCCGUUCAUCACCUCAUCGUCAUGGCCCGUUCAUCAAGGAUAUAUGAUCAUUUCGAUCCCCCGUUACUUCCUUCUUGCGAUGCUCCAAGGGGCAAGCAGUCAACUCGACUAUCACAAACCUUUACCUAUCUUACACUCUGACAGCCUACUUAUCCCACACGCAACCAAAUCCCGAUCGUCUUCAAACCACUUCCUCGACUCAGUCAAUCCUCCCUCAACAUCACAAUGACCAGCUCAUCGCAGAGCAUUCCCGCCUCCAUGAAAGCCUGGGUGGCCGAAGCCCCAGGUGCCGGAGCGGUCAUUAAACAGGUUCCCACGCCCGAAGUCCAGCCCGGCACCGUCGUCGCCAAGGUCUUGAGCACCUUCAUCUACCAAUCCCGGCGCGACACCCUGAAAGCAACCGGCAAGGCUCCCUAUUUCACCAACCCCUACCCAUACAUCCCCGGCAGCCAUGCCGUGGUGCGUGUUGCCGCGACCGGCCCCGACACGACGGCCUUUUCGGUCGGCCAGCUCGCCAUAGUCGACAUCUUCGUCACCGCUCGUGACGAUCGCACCGGAGUGCAAAUUCUCUGGGGCACCUUUGACGGCGGCAGCCCUGCGUCCAAAAAAUUCGCCGCCGACAACUGGCGGAACGGCCAUUACGCCGAGUACGUCCGCGUCCCGCUGGAGAACAUCCACCCGCUGGACGAAGCCCGUCUCUGCGGCAGUCCGUCCGCGGGCGGGUUGGGCUAUAGCAUUCCCGAGCUGGUCGUGAUUCCUUCCCUCGCCGUGAUCGAGGCUGGAUAUCGGCGCGUCAACCUGCGGGCGGGAGAAACCGUGGUCAUCUCGCCCGCGACGGGCCACUACAGCGUGGCCGCCGUCGCGCUGGCAGAUGCUAUUGGUGCAAAUAUCAUUGCCCUGAGCCGCAACGGCGAGCGCCUGCAGAAGAUCAAGGAAUUUUUCCCGAGGAUCAAGACGCUGCAGCCCACCGGCGACGUCAAGCAAGACACGGAGGCCAUCAAGAAGCUCGCGAAUGGACCCGUGGAUGUUGUGGCUGAUGUCUCGUCGCCUGCCAUGGUUGGUUCGACGCAUAUUGCCAGCUGCAUGGCUGCUGUGAAGAAUUAUGGCCGCAUCUGCCUCCUGGGCGGCCGGGGGGACCCGAGCUUGCCGAUUUCGUACAGGGAUGUUGUGUUCCGCAACCUGAAGAUUGAAGGUUCGUACAUGUUCCAGUGGGAGGACGUGAGGAGCGUUAUCAAGAUGGUCGAAACAGGCGUGUUGAAGCUUGGAAAGGACUCGAUUUUCCCGGUUGUCGCAGAGUUCUCGAUCGACAACCUGGAACAGGCGGUGGCCAAGAUCGAGACGGAUCCGGGUCUGGGUAACCUCGUGGUGCUUAACCCUUAGGACUCGGUUGGCACGCUGUCGUUCUCGUCUUGCAUCCCUGAACAGAGCCCACCAGGAAGAGCCUUCAGAUGUGGGUGUUUGACUUCAAGGAACACGAUCAUGUAUCUAGUCGCUCGCUUUUCCCCCAAAGGUACUUCUCAAGCUCAGAAUCUAGCAUUUCCAGUUCGCGUUAGUUUC